UCAUUUCCGACGCGCGCCCUCACGGCGCUAACAGUGAGCUUAAUCGACUCCUUGUCAUCAUCUACUACUCUGUAUUAACACAGUCGGGUGUCGCCAGGAUUUCUGCACUACCAUCCGAUCGUGCAAUCGUGACUUUUUCUCCGAUUUUCUUUGAACUCCGACACGCCAUACGUGCGUAGCAUCGGCGGGUCGUUUUCAUCGAAGUUUCCCCCCCUGGAGGAAUGCAUCACCCCGGCCCUUGUUAGCGCGGAGCUGGCUGUGAAACUUUAAUCCCCGAUAGCCGAUCAGGAUGAAAUUGCAGUGCGAUGUGGAGGUGGUCAACCGUAUGCUUCCCACCUUCGGUCUGAAAAGUCGCGGCAAGGGGGUAAGGGCGGUGCUGUCCAUCGGGAAGAACUUGGACAAGACCAAUCAACGCUGUAAUGUCUACUUGAUGAUCUGCACCGCCAAGGACAGAACAGGAUCCAAGUAUAAGCUCAAAGACAACAUUGAGAAGUUCUUCACGUGGUUUGUAGAGGAGGGCAAGGCCACGGUGAGAUUAAAGGAACCUGCUGUCGACAUCUCGCUGAGCAAGGCCGACGCAAACAGCUUGAAGAACUUCCUCUCGGCCGCCCGCUUGGCGGACAAGGGGAGCGGAGCCAGCAGCCUGCCGCUCUCCACUCUCACGCCCGUCCGCGCUAGGGAUGUGGAGCAGCCCAAGAAGAAGAUGACCAUCGUCUCCAAGAAGGACUACCCGCUCACUUGCAACUUCCCGUACUCCCUGGAGCAGCUUCAGGUGUCCUACUGCAAGCUGUCGCGCAUCGAUACGCGCAUGCUGUCACUGAAAGCUCUUCGCAAGCUGGACCUCAGCAACAACCACAUCAAGAAGCUCCCGGCCACCAUCGGCGAUCUGGGCUGCCUGUCCGAGCUGAUCCUCCACAGUAACCACCUGGAAACUUUUAGCGAGGCCCUCUGUCUGUCCACGCUGCAGCAGACCCUCCAGCUCCUGGACCUCAGUCAGAACCGGUUACAAUCGCUUCCCGCUCAGUUCUGCCAGCUCCGUGAGCUGGUGAACCUCAAGCUGGAUGAAAAUAAGCUCAUCUCUCUGCCCUUCCACUUGGGACGUCUCGCUAAAUUGAGGUUCUUGUCGGCGGCCCACAACCAGCUAGCCGCGCUGCCCGGCAACUUCCGCAAGCUGAAACUGGAGAACUUGGACUUAUUCGGAAACCCGUUCGUCCAGCCCAACCCUCUGGAUGACACCAUGCGGCUGGCCUUCCCGGUUCCUCUUCAAGAGCUAGCUUCCAGGGCUGUAGCUAACCUCAGAAUCCCAUACGGACCUCACCUCAUCCCCACUCACUUGUGCCGAGACCUGGAAUUGGCCAAGCUUUGCGACUGCGGCCGCUUCUGCGUCAGUUUUUACAUCAAGACGUGCGUGAGCAUGAACCUGCACCAAGUUUCUCACACGGUGGUUCUCGUGGACGAUAUGGGAGGGACGGACGCUCCCGUGCAGCAGUACUUUUGCUCCCUUUCUUGCUAUUCCGAAUUCUUGGACAAUUCUAUCCAGAGGGGAAUCAGAUGAGGAUGGCGAGGACGUGACACUUUUUGAACUCUGGACGCUGUUGGGGGCUCAGUAUUUUAUUUCUAGAAAUAAGAAGUGGCAAAAAGAGGAGGCAAACGUAUCUACUCCAGCUGAAUUGUCCUGCAUCCUUCUACUGACCUAUUUGCAUAAUGCAAUUAGGAUGUGCUGUGACCUCAUUGCCUCUCUCUCUUUUUCUCUACCAGAAGGCUAAAUAAAGAGUUUGUGUUGUGCUCGUGACCUACUAUUUUUCUAUAUGUUGAAAAUUUCAAUAAAAGUAUUUGUUUCAAGAA